GUCUAUAAUCGUAUAUCUUCUCACUGAGCUCGAUAACUGUCAAUACACGGAUCAAGAACAAAUCGAUGCGAUUAUGUCUGUCAUCAAAGCAGUCAUAGAUAUAUAUCCCACUCAGCAAGCCACUGCCUUCAGCGUCCACGAACUCGAAUGGCUUGCAAAGAAGAGCUAUAAUAUUGCGUUGCGAUUACGGGAUUCGAAAGAGACCGAACAUACCCUAGUUCUACUUGACCUAUCCAUCAAGCUCACAACCCUACUUCCCCAGCAAACUCACGCUACCAACUCAUCACUCAAUGAAACCUACCUCCUGUGCGAAUUCUUCAGGACAACCAAGCACAUAUCGCUUGCGCGUCAAACCACAGACCCACCAGCAAAGCAAGCUCACUACACAGCAGCCCACAAAUCCAGCAGCGCCUUCCAGUCCCAAAUCACCGGCUUCUUACAGCUAUGCCGUAACCCCGAAGCGACCUACGCCAAAACCACCAGCUCAGCGCCAACAAACGCUACUAUCAUCGUGGAUACAUCCGCAAACACAAAUGCGACCCCACCCCCAGAAGAAGGUGAUGCCCCCACACUCUGGCUCGAGAGAUACCGCAUCAUCCUCGCCGUGGAUCUAGAAGCCUCGAUCUAUCUCAACACAGACGACACCUGGUCCCACAUAACCAGCCUCAUCCAAACCUCCGCGGUCCUCAACUCAAAACUGAUAUCCGUCUAUCUCGACACGCUCCUCCGCGCCAAAGGAGCCCCUCUGACAAAGGUCGUCCAAGCUAUUAAGCUCAUAAUCCGCACAAUUCACGCCUCCCCAUCCCCCGACAUCAACAACCUCACUACCCUUCACACGGACUUCCCCCGAUACCUGCACGUGCUAUACCAGCUCGCCCUUGAAGCUCACGAGGACCGACUCGCGGAAUCGGUGCUCGAUCAAGUCCUGGUGCUCGUGCGGGACUGUAAGACCGAGGGGUUUCCCCCGACGGAGAUGCAGUGGAUGGCGGCGGUGGCGUUCAAUCGGGCGGUGGAUUUCUAUCUCGCGGCGAAGGAUGUGGAGUGUCGACGGUGGGCGGAGAAGGCGAUUGCAUUGGCAGAGGUCGGGGGCGUGGACGGGGAUGGUGGUGCGUUGGCGAGGUUGCUCAGGGGGAGGUAUGGGAAAUUGAUGUUGGGGGAAGAGGGAGGAGGGAAUAGUGGGAGUUCAAGUUGAAAUGCCGACAGGUUUCUUAAUAGUCAAUCCCGUUUUCCGCCGGUAAUGCAGGGUAUGUGUGA